ACUCCAACCAACUCUGUUUAAACGCGCAGAAAGCAUAAUUGUCGUGGAAAACCCUGCUGGGCCCUGGCGGCAAAAUUAAAUUGCUUGCGUAUUUUAACAGUUGCUUAACAAAAAGUGAGCGCCGUUAGACGACAGCGACGAGCAACUACGUUCCGCGAUUGCCACCGAAGAAAAGUAAAAGCGCCAGCGCAAACCGCCACACACCGCCACACACAAACCAAACAUGGCCGAGACAAUCAACAGCAAGCCCAGCUUACAGAUACGCGUCUUGAGUAAUGGCAACGGGAUAGCAACGGACAAGAGUCCAUCCUCAUCGCCGGCACUAGCACCAGCACAGUCGUCAUCGCCAUCGCCAUCUCCAACGGCAAAACUGCUGAUCAGUCAUGGCAAGCCCAACUUUACUAUCCCGCGCUCGCCCAAAGUGCAAGACAAUGGAAGUUCGGUGUCACCGCAGCCGAGUGUCAAUACCAAUUAUAAUGCCUUCAAAAGUGCGAAUAGCAAUGCCAAAAGCAACGGUAAAAAUGACAUAGUUAUUGGAACCAAAUUCAACGGUGUCUUUAAACCCUCUAAUUUGGGCAACUGGACAAGCAACGGCGCAGGUGGAGAGGAGAAUGAAGCCGCCAAAGUGGUACUACGGCGCCCAAAAUUUUCAGAGCCGUCGACACUAGCGGAAGGUGAGGAUGAGAAUGUGCCAGAGUUUAUACGUCGUCAGCGCAGAAUACAGGAGCGCUUGGCCAAAGAAAAUGUGUUGGAUUUCGAGAAUCGCCGCAGCGGUUACUUUACGCAUGUCAUGAUAUCGCCUGAUUCACCAAAUCGUACUUCAUUCGUGGAGACCAUGGCCAGUCCUGCUAUAGUGCCUGCAUUGGAAUUGCCUGCGCCCUUGCCGGCAAAGAUUGUGGAGGAGGAGGUGGUCGCGUCUGAAUCAGAGCGAGAGCCCACUCACAACGGCCAGGGUCUGGAAUUUGACGCUUCAGCUGAGCCUAUCAGCACGAGUCACGCCGAUGAUGUGGCACCCGAGGAUGUGGCUCAAGCCAUUGAGGAGGUAAACAAAGCAGUAGCUGGUGAAGAGGACGACAAGGGUUUAGAUGCUGAGCCCGAGUUGGAGGCAGAGGAGGUGCAACCAGUUGCCGUUGAAGUCACAUCGACUCAUAUCAAAACAGAGCCGGCAUCCCCCACACCGGCUCCUAUAGAGGCCAAAGUGGAGGUGGUUACGCCUGUCGCCGACUCGGCGGCAACACCACCUGUUGAUCAAGUUCAUGAAGGUUCCUUGAAUGGCCACGAUGAUGCUAUUACCAUUUCCCAUACAAAUGGUCAUGCUGAGGGUCCUAGCAUACCAACGCCUGAUCCUAGCGGCACUUUGGGCGUAAACUAUGAACCCAAAACAGUGGUUUCCUUCUCCCAAGAACUGGGUGGUGGUGAAAACAACUAUCCGGACACGGUUAAGGUGCUGAAGGAUGCCACGCCCACCACGCCGGCAGAGGCAGAGCUUCAAGAGAUGAGCAAGCUGAAGUUCGACAUUAAGAGCGACGAGCACAACGAGGUGCAGGUCACUCCGGUGCUACGCGCGGAGCCGUGAGCGAGCGAUUUGGUGAUGUUCGCGUUCAUAGUGCAAUUUAUUAUUAAAGAUAAUAUUUACGCAA